AUACACAGGCAACACUAGUCAUUGGUUUCUAUCUCAUUUUCUACCAACACAGUCUGUGUCUUUGACGUUUUUUCCUGAGAAGUUUGCUUUUGGCGGCAACAACCGACAUUGCAACUUAUUCAAAUUAUAUUUGAAAAUUAUUUUGAACAAGCAUAAUGGUUAAAAGAGAGCGCUCUGUAAACUGGGAAAGCGGAGAAAAGCAACUUCUUUUAGAAAUUGUUCGACCAUAUAUAGCUAUCAUUGAAAACAAGGAUAUGUCAACGGAUAUAAAAAAGGCAAAAAAUAAUGCUUGGAUCGAGAUAGUGGAGAAGUUUAAUGCGGCAAAUACAUGGCAAAGGGAUAAAAAGCAGCUGCUUAAUCAGUGGAAUCUAAUCAAAAUCUCGUCAAAGAGGGAAAUGUCCUUAUUCUGCAAAUACUUAAUUAAAACUGAAGGUAAACUGAAACCGGAGGAUAAAGAAAUGAUGCCUCAAGAAUUCCAAAUGGACUCUAAAGAUUUAUUGCAGAUAAUUGAUAAUGAACCUGUUAUGAACACCAAUAAAAGGCGGUCACCAAAGAAGUGUUCCUUUAACUUUUGGAAAUCCUCAUAUCAGGAUAUGCAUCGGUUCAGGGUCUUAAGGGACAAGCGACUGCAACAAGAACAUGAAAUACGUAUGAAAAAUAUGGCAGAACUACAAAGUCAGGCUAUGGAAAAUUUGAAAUUACAAUAUGAAUUCCUGAAAAAGACAGAGUCUCAAAUGUAAUUUUAUAAUAACAUGUCACGGAUUUUUAUAUUCCA